AUGUACAUUUUAGAUUCGCAAGCUCCGCUACGAACUGGAGGAGGCCCAACAGAAGGUGUCGACACUGACUUCACAAUUGGCCACAAAUGUGAGUCAAAAUUGGAGGACACGGUUUUUUCUCUUUUCAUGCCGCCCACUGAGCCUGCGGCCAGUCUACGAUUGCUUCCAGUUGGUCUGUCAAGCGCUCUCGAAGGUAGCUUAAUGAUGAAAUUUCGACAUCUCUUUAUCCUUCUUGACUUGAUUGAUAAAAGCUAUAACUGUUCCAAACCUCCUUCGCCUUCCCCUCCUCCUCCUCCUUCUCCUCCUCCUCCUCCU